AUGAAAUCUUUCUUUUUUUUUCUUUUUACUGCAGAUCUAAGUUCACCUGCUUUAGAUCCAAAAACAGCCCAUCCGAAGCUGGAAAUAUCUCCGGAUAAAAAACAAGUUUUCUGGAGAUGCCAUCCUGUUGGUGAUGGAUUGACCCCUGAGCCGUAUGACUCCCAGUACAGUGUUUUAGCUCAGGAGAGCUUUACUGAUGGCCAGCAUUACUGGGAGGUGAUUGUCCAGGAGAAACCUUUCUGGAUGAUUGGUGUCACCACAGGUUUGGUCACUGAAAUAAAACCUCCUCCUCAGAAUUCCUCCAGCCUGAAGGUGAACAACGCAUCCUGGUGCAUCUACCAUGGAGAUGGACAGUACCUGGCUUGUCAUGACACACAAGAGAAGCAGCUUUCAGUAGCAAAGAGAGUCAGGAAGCUGGGAAUACUGGCUAAUAUCCAGACGGGGGAGCUGUCAUUCUAUGAUGCUGAUGCAAUGACUCUGCUUCACACUUUCCGUAUGCAGUGCACAGAGCCUCUUUACCCCAUGUUUAACCCGUGCAUUGAUAUGAAUGGGAUCAACAGGCAGCCACUCACUUUGUUUAGCAUUAAGGAUCCCUGGAAUUAGGAGGAAAAUGAAAAAUGAAUGCAGGACAGCUCUGAAACCGGGAAUAUCUACAAAAUAAAAAAAUAUGUG